AUGUAUGUUGGCACCGUCCGCGUAAUUAACGAAAUGUUACAUCGCGUAAAUUUAAGAAAACGAAACGUAUCGAUAAUCGCAGUUCGAUUGUCGACAGCGCACGUGGCCACCGAUUCGUCGCACGAGAACACCACGUGAUAGCCUGGCUCAGCCUGCGCAGAGGUUGUUGUCGCGUCAAGUCGUUGAUUUCGUCGGUCGUGUAUAGUCAGAAUGAGUAUCGCCCCUUUUGCACGAAUUGGCAGCUCUGCGAUGGGUCUCAGGAGAAAUCUAAAUUGCUGGACAGCAGCGAUCACGAAGAAGCAUAGAAAGACAUAUGAACGAACAUAUCCCACAACACUUGUUUUCCCAAAUGGUAGCAGUAUAGAAAUCGACUAUUUUGAACCACGAAAGAUAAUAAUAUUGCCAUUGAAUCUGGCUGAUUUAACGGAGGAGCAACAAAAGGCCAGACUUGCAAUGCGUAUACAGAAAACAAAAGUAGUAAUAACUGAAGAAAUUGAGGACAGCUUCGAUGAGAAUAGAUAUCUGAAUUUCAAAAAGUGAAUAUUUUAACAUUUCUCUCCAAUUUGUAUUAUACCCGUUAUUUAUGUAUAAGUACAAAAUAGUAUCUCUUUUGUGCAUUUACCAGGAGAGUCUGUUUUGUUCGUAUCAAUGUUUUCUAUAUUAUUAAUUGUUGUACUGGUUUAUAUGAUAUGACACAGUGAAUGUAAAUACUAUUAUUAAAAACAUUUGUGAUACCAUGAAUUGUAGUGAUAGCGAAAUUUCAUGCUAUCAUCAUCCACCAAAAUGAAUUUCUUUUGAUAAAAUAAGAAGCAUUACAUGUAGGACAUCAAUUUUCUGUAAUAAUAGCAUUAUUUUAUAAGUAAAUGUUUAUAAUCUCUGUAGCUCAAUAACUCAAAGCACAAUAUGAAUAGAUGAAUAGAAGAAGAAUGAA